AUGCCACCAAAGAAGAAACAACCACAGGUAAGUGAUAAGAAUAAGGCCAAGUCCAAGGCCAAGUCCGCCGAAGACAAAACAUUCGGUAUGAAGAACAAGAACAAGUCUAAAAGGGUGCAACAACAAAUUUCUCAAAUCAAAGCUGGGAUAGAUGGAGGUCUCGCCAAGAAGAAGGAAGCUGAAGCUAAGAGGAAGGCCGAAGAGUUGAAGGCCGCUGAACAGGCAAAGAAGGAAGCGGCCGCUUUGUUUGGAAUCCAACCACAAAAAGUCCCAUUUGGGGUUGAUCCCAAGAGUAUUUUGUGUGAGUUCUUCAAGCAAGGUGUGUGUACCAAGGGUAACAAGUGUAAAUUCAGUCAUGAUCCAGAUGUAGGGAGAAAAGUUGCCAAAAAGGAUUUGUACACUGAUUCAAGAAAUGCAGAGGAUGAUAAGGAAAACGAUACCAUGGAUAACUGGGAUGAAGAAAAGUUGAGAAAAGUCAUUUCAUCCAAACACGGUAACCCCAAGACAACCACCGAUAUCGUCUGUAAAUAUUUCAUUGAUGCCGUGGAGAAUGGGAAGUAUGGUUGGUUCUGGGUCUGUCCUAAUGGUGGGAAUGAGUGUAAAUAUAGACAUUCUUUGCCUCCAGGAUUCGUAUUAAAGACCAAAGAACAAAAGAGAUUAGAAAGACUAGCGGCCGAAGCAGAACCAAAGAUUACCUUAGAAGAAUUCUUAGAGUUGGAAAGAAGCAAAUUGGACAGGUCGAAGUUCACUCCUAUCACAGCUGAAACUUUCCAAAAGUGGAAGCAAGAACAAAGAAAGAAGCGAGAUUUACAAAGAAAAGAAGACGAAAAGAAGGCAAAGAGGCCAUUGACAGGGAGGGAAAUCAUCUUGCAGAAGUUCAGUGACCAAUACUAUACUGAAGAAGACGAAGGUGGCGACACCUGGGAUUUAUCUCAAUUUAAACAGAACUUGCCAGAAACUGAUGAUGAAAACAUCAAGGAUUACGGUGAUGGAACCAAUGCUCAAGAAUUUUAUCAGCAAGAAGCAGUAGCUGAAUCACAGCCAGAAAAAUCAACUGUUGAUGCCCCAGAAGCCGCCGCUGAAGCGAUACCCGAACCCAACGGUACCGCAACUAUAGUCACAACAGAAGGAACGACUUCAUAA